AAACAUCGUUCAUUUAAACAAAAUGUCCGGAUACAACACACGAAAUCCAUUUGAAAACAUCAAAUUCUUAUUCUGACAUUUUCAUUUAAAAUAAAACUAGAGGAGGCCAGUCGAAACGUCGUUCAGUAAUAAACAAAUUGCAUUCUACAGAAUUGUGUCCUGCGUAUUGACAUCAAAAGUCGGUUUACAUAUCUUUAUGAAGACUUUGGACUAUUACUUUUCUUAAAAGGUAGCCAAAUGACUGAAACAGUAAAACAGGGUAUAUAGAAGACGUAAAGAUGACAAUGGAUUUAAUAGUUAUUUAUCUAAUGGUAUUAUUACUGUCAGUGUCGCACGGACAGACUAUUACAUACACCAUUAGCGAAGAUGAAUCACCAAGGCUCUUGGGCAACAUUGCGUCAUCAGCUAAUCUCUCCGAUGUGGUUGGCAAAGAUGAAAUCCCGGCCUUGCGUUAUACAAUGGUGACUACAGAUGCUAACAUAGUUGGUUUGUUCAGCUUAGAUGAAGACAGUGGUAAUCUGUUCACGUCAACGAAAGUGGACAGGGAAGGAUUAUGUGGUCAAGCUGUUACGUGCGUUAUUGAUUUGGACGUAGCUGCUCAAUCGUUUCUCAGUACCGUCUUCCGUAAAAUCAAGGUGCUUCUUUAUAUCGAUGACGCUAAUGACAAUCCUCCACAAUUUCCACAAUCCAUGUUGCAAAUUGAAAUUUCGGAAACGGCUGCCGUGGGAUCAACGAUUCGCGUUCCCAUUGCAUCGGACGCGGAUGCAACCCCAAUUAAUCGCAUACGCAGGUAUGAACUUAGUCAGGAAGAUGGGGGCGUUUUUGAACUUUUGGAGACACGAUCCGGAUCAACAGUGACAGCUUUAAGUAUACAGCUUAAGUCUGAGUUGGACAGAGAGCAAAAAGAACAGUAUAAAUUAGCAGUGACCGCCUAUGACGGUGGUGACCCUGUCCAAAGCACCAACCUCACUGUCGUUGUCCUAGUAACAGAUGAAAACGACAAUAAGCCAGUGUUUCAACGAUUCACUUUCGACGCCACUUUAACCGAGACCGUUGGACUAGAUUCUAGUAUAUUAAAACUUGAAGCUUCUGAUUUGGAUAAAGGGGACAACAGCAAGAUAACAUAUCAUUUUGCUUCUUCCGUUCCAACCCCUGUGGCUACCUAUUUUAAGCUCAAUCCCGAGACCGGUGUCAUCAGCACGAAGAGUUCCUUAGAUGGUGCCGGUGGCUCUACUUUCAUUUUUCAAGUCAUCGCUAAGGAUAACGGGAGCCCACGUCUCACAAGUGAAUCUGAAGUCGUUAUUAAAAUAAUUGAUACUAAUAACGAUCCACCAGAAAUUAAAGUCCAAUUGUUGUUUAGUCAAGGAGGUUCUUCUACUGUACCAGAAUCUUCCAUCAUAGGUCGUGUCGUGGCGUUGGUUACAGUCAAAGAAACAGACUCCGGUAAUAACGGACUUGUGGAUUGCACCAUACGAAACAGUUAUUUCAGUAUUCAAGAAAUGAACGUACUGGAAUAUAAAGUGAUCGUAGCAAGGCCGUUCAAUCGCGAAGAGACACCCGUCCAUAAUGUUACUGUAACAUGUACAGAUUCGGGCUCUCCGCCACUGACCACUAGAUCAGACUUUCAAGUUCGAAUCCUUGAUGAGAAUGACAAUGCCCCUCAAUUCCCACAGGAAACCUAUUUCUUUAACUUCAAAGAAAACAACAAAAUCAACCAGUUUGUUGGAACGGUUCGGGCUUAUGAUAACGACACUAAUGAAAACGCACAAAUGACCUAUCAGCUAAUCAAUGGGACAGAUUACUUCGCAAUUAAUUCUACAUCCGGGGAAAUAAAGGCCAUAACAAGUAUCGAUCGAGAAUCAAUACCUAAAUUUGUGAUCCAAGUGAAAGCUGUCGAUAAAGGAAAGAUUCCAUUGUCGGGAACAACUAUCGUUAAAAUUAACAUCGACGAUGUUAAUGACCACGCUCCUGAAUUAUCUGCCAAAAGUUACGUCUUCCAUGUGGCUGAAGACACUCGAAUCGGAUCUUACAUCGGUUUUCUUACGGCUAACGAUGCCGAUAUCGGAAUGAACGCUGAUGUAACAUACGCCUUGGAUUAUUCCUCUGUUGAUCAUAACGUUCCAUUUACUGUAUUAACUAACGGCACCGUUGUAAGCACCGCUGAAGUCGAUUUCGAAAAACAGCCACAAUAUUCUUUUAAGAUUUAUGCCAAAGAUCGCGGAACACCCUCUCUUAAUUCAACAGCCAUUCUUACCAUAAUAAUAAUGGAUAUUAAUGAUAAUACUCCAGUUAUAUAUUUUCCUGCCGAGAACAAUAAUUCAAUAAAUGUACCACAUACUAUGAGACUUGGUGCUGAAAUUGCUCAAAUUCAAGCGUAUGACAUUGACAGUGGUGAUAAUAGACGUUUAUCAUAUUCCAUUAACGUUGUCAAUGACACCAAUCUCUUUACAAUUAAUGUGGAAUCAGGAACCAUAACCCUAAGUCGAGAUAUGGAUGCAAAAGACAUUCAGACAUAUAUCAUCAGUAUCGAGGUCCAUGACAAUGGUCAAGUUCAACUGUCGACUCAAGCAUCUAUGGAAAUCCAAGUGGUUCGCGGAGAUGCUUUGCCUGUCGUCGGAGGUAACAACCACAGCACUAAUGUGGCCAUUGUUGUUGUGCUCAUUUGUGUCACCUUAGUGUUAGCCAUUGCAGUAAUAGUAACUGUGUGUUUAAUUCGUCGGAUAGACAAUAAAAAGAAACAAUAUCUAGAAUCCAAACCAGAGACACAAGAAGACUGGUACGAAAAACCAAAAGUUGUUAAUACUGUUGUGCCAGUGUCAAAUAACUUCCCAGAAGAUAAAACGACGAAAAAAUCAGUCAAAUUUGUCACUGAAAAUGAAAAUAUAGAAAGUUUAUAUGCUCAAGUUAAUAAAAAUAGGCCUAGAAAUACCAACAAAGAGACAUCUAGGGGCCAUACUAAUAAGGCGUUUAACGACGAACAUCAACAACACGUGUCAUUCGCCGAUGAGAUCAGUAAUAUAGCAGCUUUACAGAACCAUCAAGCUUUAGUCAGAAUAUUAAAACUAGGUGACAGAGAGGAGAAAAUGAACGACAUAGAUGUAUGGAGUGACGUUUCGGCAGAUCAUACUGCUAGCGAUAGUGGCCAUGGUGACAGUGAUUUAGAUCUACAUACUGUUAAGGUCUAAUAAAAGGUUCCACAAUGACCAUCCUUCCAUCUGUGAUAUAUUACGAUAUUAUUGUGAAUUUUGAAAUAAAUACUUUAAUACAAAAGAAAUAUAAUAAAUAAUAACAUUGCAUAAAAAAAACUAUUUAUAAAGACAUUGAAGUGUGAAAGCGUUAAAUAAAUGUGUGUGGACAAAUGACCAGAGCUAUACCUAUUGAUUAAUGGUUGUGAAUUCUAACAAGAAGUCGUGAAUUCCAAUGAACAACUCGUGGUGUUGUGAUUAAUAAACCAGGUAUUCCGAUGGCCCAGUUUUGUAUUUCAAUAGUCCAGUUCUCUAUUCGAAUGAAUGUUGUAUAUUCUGAUUGACAAAUAAUGUAUUCCAAUGGUGUAACCAUAUAUUUCAAUGGCCCAGUCAUGUGUUCCAAUGGUCCAGUCAUAUAUUCCAAUGGUCCAGUCAUGUAUUCCAAUGGAAAGUACUAUCCAGUUACCUGAAGAUGGAAGAUGUUGAUCUCAUCAAGUCAGUGUGAGCAAACCAGUAUUUUAGUACACUACAUGUAUCAAGUAAUCAAAGAAUGGAAUGAAACGAAAAGAAUGAAAGACGAAAGACUGAUAUUUUCACAGUUUAAGCUCCUCCCCAUCUCUUGCCAAAAUAAACAUUACCUAGAUACCAUGUCAGCCAAUCUUUUCCUAGCCUAAUUAAUAUUAUUCCAGCAUUAACUUACAAUUCUUGUUGAUUUAUUAUGUUUGUAUGUUGUUGUAUUAUAAGAAUUUGUUAUUGUUAUCUUUUUUUACAAACGAAAU